AUGGGUGGUAUUCCAUGGAGGUCAACAGCCUGCUCAAAUUGUAAAAAACGAAAGAUAAAAUGUGAUGCCGCACGCCCAGAAUGCGAUCGGUGUCUCAAGCGUGGCAUCCCUUGUCCGGGAUAUGCGAAAUCCCGCAUCUUCAUCCACCAGUCAAACAUUACACGACAACAGACGCGAGAGGUUGUACUUCCUCCAUCUUCGAGGCAGGCGCAGCCGCCUGAAUUGAUGCCGGUUGUACAGACUGGGCCGGUGAUGCGGUCUCAGCUCUACUCAUUCCUACUUGGCGCAUACUUCCCAACCAAUAUUCGAGGCACGACGGACCUUGAACAAGUUCAAUACUUCUUUCUUAACUCUUCUUCUAUGUUAGAAAGGCCCGGAGAUAAAAAUGAUAAGUUUAUGAUUUCCGAGAAGGCCCUGAGCGCCAUGUCUUGUCUAUCACUUGGUCGGCUCAAUCGUGAUUAUCGCAUGGCUCGCUAUGGUGUCCAGCUGCACCGCGCCACCAUUCAGCAUAUUUCCAAAUUAAUGAUUCAGGAUCCUUACAAUGAAGAUUACAUCAGGGCUAUGGUUAUUUUAAAAAUUCUCGAGGGCCACCACUAUCCGCAUGGUUGCGACAAUUGGGCCCCCGGCAUGAAGCAAAACAAUUUUCUCUUACGUGGCGCUCACCGAGGCCCGCCGACGUCUUCUUUGAUGUGUGCUAUCUAUCAUCAGCAAAAGCAGGCAGUCAUCUAUGCAAUCACUGCAGUGGAUUUCACUCGAGAGGAGUUUGAGUAUUUGAUAGAGUCUAAAACUGGUCACCCUAUCGAUGGGCUUUUCGAGAUAUUUGUGGAACUUGGAUGCCUCGUCACCGAUGUUGAACAAACUGAUCACUCCGACCAGACCCGAUGCCAGGAACUACUACAAAAGUGCCGCGCGCUCAAAGAAAAAGCCUUGGAUUGGUACCGAAACAACCUGACUCGCAUAGGAGGAGCACCCUUCAUAAAUCAUCAAUCGUAUCAGUCGUCUUUGCCACCCACUGAUGAUCUAUUCGGCGCUGCAUACUCUUUCGUCUCGCUUGACAACGCGAGGAUACACAUGUUCUACUGGAAGGCUUUGGCCAUAAAUCACUCGGUAAUCUACCAGGCUGAGGUGCUUGUCCUCUCACACGCUCAGAAGGCCUUCUCCGUAGACCCUACCACGCAUGGCGACUUUCAUCUCGCUGGUUUUUACGCCGACCAAUUCUGUCGGUCAAUUCCAUAUUUCCUUCAAGGCCACGUGGAGCUCUGGGGCAUCAUCGCGGUUCUGGUUUCCAUGCCUCAUAUGCUCAAGAUCUAUAUCCAUCUUCGAAGCCAGGAGAAUUUCUUCUGGUGCCUACAAUUUUGUUCCUUUUUGUCCAUGUUCGGUAUUGAAAUGGCAACAUACGUCAGUGAAGCGUGGAGGAAAACUUGGUACCUCGCAGAAGACUCGUCUGUUAACUCCAUUCUCAGUUUAUCGUUGAGAUACGGAUUAUCAAAAGAAAUACCGGUAUCAAUGGAGGCCCCUCAUGGAAAGGUGGUAGACUUAGCAGAGGUUGAUGAAGGGUUGAAUCCGAGUCCGCAGAUAGAAUAA